AUGGACGGCACUACCCCUCCACCGGCCUCCAACGACGAUAGAAACCUUAAAGUAGAGGUCGAGGCCGAUGAUGCGCUGGAAUCCCACCCCUACCAUGUAGAUGGCGAUGGAGCGGACACUCCGACCCAGGCGCAAACGCCGACUCAGGGAUCGCCGACAGUAGACCAUGUCGACGGCGCAAAGCCUGCGAUUCCGCUGCAGAAGAGACGGAGAGUCACAAGAGCAUGCGACGAAUGUCGCCGAAAGAAAAUUAAAUGCGAUGGGAAGCAGCCAUGCACGCAUUGCCAGGUGUAUUCAUACGAAUGUACGUACGACCAGCCGUCGAAUCGCAGAAGAAAUGCCGCGCCGCAAUACAUCGAGGCCCUGGAAUCCAAGCUGAAGCGCGCGGAGGCGCUUCUCCGCGUCGUUCUUCCCAACGUUGACCUGAACGACCCGAAUCUGGACAACGUCUUGCUACAAGGCCAGCCCAGCGCCAUGGUCCACGGCCACGCCCGGCAAUUCUCCCCGGCCGACUCCUCCGACGCGCCGCCCCCUUCCGUACCCACGGAACCUGAGCUCGACUCGAUGCUGAAAGCCGCGGCGCGACUAGACCUGGAUGAGCAGGGCCACUGGGACUACCACGGCGACUCGUCCGGUAUCUCGUUCAUGGCGAAGAUGCGGGAACACCUGAAAGGGUGGCUGGGUACCGAAGCGAUCCCGCCAAACAUCCGGCGACCGCGGCCGAUGAGCCAGGUGUUUGAGUCGCCGAAGUCGACCCACGAUUCGCCGCUCGAGAGCCCGAUGCCGCUGUCGGAUCUCCCGCCGAGGGAGGUGGCGCUGUCGUUGUGCGACUUGGCAGUCAAUGAUGCGACGUCGUUGCUGCGGUUUGUGCAUUGGCCGAGUUUCGUGAAGUCGCUGGAUAAGAUUUAUGAUCCGCAGCCGGCGGGUUAUGGAAAUGAGGAGAAUACGUUCCUGCCGUUGCUGUAUGCGGUGAUGGCGUUCGCGUCACUAUAUUCCAGAGAUGAGGACUCGGAACUGGUCUCGAAGGGCUAUGACUUUGCAAUAGACAAUGGUUUCAAAUACUAUCGAGCGUCUCGCCAACUUUUGGACAUCGCGGACUGCCGAGACCUACAGUCCUUGCAAGCCAUCCUAUUCAUGAUUCUUUUCCUCCAAUCCUCCGCUAAAUUGUCGACUUGCUAUUCCUUCAUCGGCGUUGCGCUCCGCUCCGCCUUACGAAUGGGCCUUCACCGAUCCUUCCAAGCGAACUUCAACCCCAUCGAAGCCGAAGUGAGGAAACGCGUCUUUUCGGUGAUCCAGCGUAUGGAUAUGUAUGUCGGCGCAUUGUUGGGGCUCCCUCACCUGCUCAACGACGAAGAUGUCGAUCAAGAUCUCCCGGUGGAAGUCGACGAUGAAUAUAUUACCGAGAAUGGCAUCAUGCCGAUGCCGGAGGGCACGGUAUCCGUUAUCGCCGCGGGAAAUCAACAUACCAAACUCUGCACGCUAUUAGGAAAGGUAGUCAGAUAUAUCUACCCGUUAAAGGGUGAGCAGAGUACUCAAGGUGGGGCACCCGUCAAGUCAUACCGAGUACCAUUUGCCCGCAUACGGGAGAUCGAAGCGGAUCUGCAGGACUGGAUGGAACAGCUGCCUAUGGGAUUAAGACCGGGCGGAGAGGCCCCGGAACGUAUCCUCCGCCUCCAACAAGCGCUUCGACUUUCCUAUGCCCAUACGCAGAUGAUGUUAUACCGACCGUUCUUACACUAUGUCUCCCACACCUGCAAGUCCGGCGUAGUCGACAAACGAUCCUUCGCCUGUGCCGCCGCAUGCGUCAGCGUGUCCCGCAACAUCAUCCACAUCACCAUCGAAAUGAAACGUCGCCACCUUCUGAUCGGCGCGUACUGGUUCCAGAUGUACACGACAUUCUUUGCGAUCCUCUCGCUCAUUUUCUAUGCGCUGGAGAAUCCCGAUGGCGGGAACAGCCGGGAGUUGCUGAAGGAUGCGCGGCAGGGGAAGGAUACGCUGGAAUCGUUGGCGAAGAGGUCGAUGGCGGCGGAUCGGUGCUCACAGGGGCUCAAGGGACUCUUUGAAAAUCUGCCGGAAAAUCUCAAACGCGGUCGCCGCCAAGCGAGUGCGAUGCGCAAGCGCCGUCACGACAUAUCGCCCAAGACUGCUGCGGAGUCGCAGCGCCCUGUCAGCUCAUCGGCUCUCGGGGAAGCGGACGCGCUGAAUCAUACCGGGACACCGCACUUCAACCACACGCAACCCAUUCGCGCGAGCACGUUCCCCCACUUUUCGGACCUCCAAGAUUCCACCGUCGACAAACCGCACGCGCCCAACCCAAACAUGUACAACAGCCCCGCCGCAACCCCCUUCCUCGACACCUCCUCAUCCAACUUCAACGUCCCCUCCCAACCCACCAACACCACCGCCAGCACGCCCCUCAACACCCCCGGCGUCGCCUACACCCCCCAAGAGGGCACCAACUCCUACCCAAUCAGCCCCAUGACCAGCACCUUCCCCGACACCGGCACCCCCUUCUCCCCCGACGCCUCGCAGGCCCCCAACCCCGCCCUCCCCGACUUCUCCUCCAUGAUGUUCCCCACCAGCGACCCCUUCGCCUACCCCAGCCAGAACCUCAGCGUUCUGCCCCCGAGCCAGUUCGGCGACUUCAUGGGCGACAACUUCAACUCGCCGAACACGAACUAUAUGAACUUCACCGGGCAGCCUACAGCGAAUGGAAAUCCAGGCGGCGCGGAGAAUCCGCAACAACCGUCGCAGCAACAACAGUACCCGGAUCGAAAUCAAACGAUGCAGCAAUCCGACGACCCCGACCAAAAACCUGACCCCGCCAACCUCGAUGUCCAGCUCUUCGGCCCCAUGCCCAUAUGGAGUCAGAUCGCUUUGCGGGUGGCAUUUUUCAAAAGGGGUCAACUGGAUAGGGAUCGGGAUGAUACCCUCUAUGACGGAGUACUGGAUUAG